AUGUUCUACACAGCACAUGGUGAUGAAGAUGAUGGUGGUGUUGAUUAUGAUGAUGAGGAUGAUUAUGAAGAUGAUGAUUGCGAUCACGAUGAUUAUGAAUGUGAUGAUGAUGGCGGUGUUGAAGAUUAUGAUGAUGAGGAUGAUGAUGAUAAUUAUAAUGAUGAUGAUGAUGAUUAUAAUGGUGUUGAACAUUAUGGGGAUGAUGAUUAUGAAUGUGAUGAUGGUGAUUAUAAUGGUGUUGACGAAGAUUAUGAUGAUGAUUACGCUGAUUAUGAAUGUGAUGAUGAAGAUGAUGGUAGUGUUGAUGAAGAUUAUGAAUGUGAUCAUGAUGAAGAUUAUGAUGAUGAUGAUGAUUAUAAUGAUUAUGAUGAGGAUGAUUAUGAAGAUGAUGAAGAUUAUAAUGGUGUUGUGGAUUAUGAAGAUGCUGACAAUAAUGCUGCUGCUGCUGAUGAUGAAGAUGAUGAUGAAGAUUAUGAAGAUGCUGACAAUAAUGCUGCUGCUGAUGAUGAUGAAGAUGAUGAUGAAGAUUAUGAAGAUACUGACAAUAAUGCUGCUGCUGAUGAUGAUGAAGAUGAUGAUGAAGAUUAUGAAGAUACUGACAAUAAUGCUGCUGCUGCUGAUGAUGAUGAUGAUGAUGAUGAUGAUGCUGAUGGUGAUGAAGAUUAUGAGGAUGCUGCUGCUGCUGAUGAUGAAGAUGAUGAUGAUACUGAAGAUUAUGAGAAUGAUGAUUAUGAUGCUGAUGAUUAUUAUCAUAGCGGUGAUGAUGAUAACGAAGAUGAUGCUGUUGAUUAUGAUGAUGAAGAUUAUGAGGAUGAUGGUGGUGGUGAUGAAGAUUAUAAUAAAGAUGAUGAUGAUUAUGAAGAUAUUGAUGAUAGUGCUGCUGAUGAUCAAGAUGAUGAUCAUGAAGAUGAAGAUGAUGAUAAUGAAAAUUAUGAUGAUGCUGAUGACUAUAAUGAAGGUGAUUAUUCUAAUGAUGAUGAUGAUGAUGAUGAUAUUGAAGAUUAUGGUUAUGAUAAUGAUGAUGCUGAUGAUUAUUAUGAAGGUUAUGAUGAUUAUGGUGAUGAUGGUGAUCCUAAUGAUGAAAAUGCUGAUGAUAAUGUAGAGUAGCGCUCCAGCAUGAGUGAUGUGCUGUGAUGUGUAAACAAAUAACACCCCUGCUCAGGGUCUCUGCUGUUGUCUGCUUUGAUGAAGAUGAAGAAGAUGAUGAUGAUGAUGAAGAUCCUGAUGAUAAUGAUGGUGAUGAUGUCAUCACUGGUCUCCUUAGCGCUCCAGUAUGAGUGAUGUGCUGUGAUGUGUAUAGGGAUGUGUGGCUCAGGGUCUCUGCUGUUGUCUGCUCUGCUCUGCAUAACUCAGUCCGCCGCCGCAGCUGCGCUCCGCUCCUGACACCGCUCGCCUCUAAUCUCCUCUGACGGCCCGGCACUGAAACACUGAAGAUGUCCGAGUCUGUUCUACUUGUCAGAUCAGCUUUCUGGUGGGAAAACCUGCUCAUGCAUCAGCACAAAUCAACACACUUAGAGCACAGAAAUCACCUCAAAACAUGCAGCAUGUAAGCACUUCUGUCUGUGCGAGAUGUACUGUGGUGUUAUGAGUCCUUUAAUGCAUACAGUGUGCGUUAUAUGAGUUCAUGAGCUGCUCGUGUUUUCUGUGGUGUGACCUUCUGUGAUGUUCUGCUGAAGGUCAGAUGUCAGUGAAGUGUCUGACCUCAGUGACCUCCGGAGCAGCAUCACAACAGUAUCAACUGAACUACAUUCAUGCGCUGAUCAUUUCAUUAUUAUUGUCCACGUGAACCAGAAGUUGCUGAGAUUCUUAUAUCAGUAUGUCAAUGUACUUCCAACUGAAGCUAAAUAUUGAGUAGGGCACAAUGAUUUCCUUUUGCAUAUCAUUCACUUGCAAACUUGCAGUAAGAAGAGCAUGGUUAAGAAUAUUGUGGCUGAAGUGUCAAACUGACGUCACCAGAGAAGUUGUGACGUCACUCCAAAUGCAGAAGUAGAUGCUCAGACUUUGAUUGUAGAUUACCAAAACAAACAUUUUUAGUUGAUGAACUUGCAUGGAUUAAUUGUUCACCUAAAGAAUAACAACAUGCACCAGCAAAAUGAACAUACAUUUUGAUUUCACAUUAGCUUUAACUAAAAUCUCUCUAUAUAUCUAAGGAGUCAUACCUAAGGAGUGGUUUCUAAGGAGUCAUACCUCUGUGCUUGUAGUGCGCUCCUGAAAAAACUUUACCCUAUCUAUACACCUCCAAGCAAAAGAGAGUUGGCAAACCCCUUUAUCUUGCCCUUUGGGGAAGUCUCUUCAUCUUACCUGAGCUUUCCCUUACCUUUCACAUUCCCCUUCCUAGUUGCAUUCUCAUCCACAUCCCAUUCACCUUCAUCUUCCCCUUUCCGCUUUCCCUUCACCUUCAUUUUCACCUUCCCCUUCUCUUCAUCUUUACCUUCACCUUUAUCUUCACUUUUCCUUCCCCUUCAUCCUCUUAACCUUGCCUUUUACCUUCAUCUUUAUCUUCCUCUAUCUUCCCUUCCCCAUCAUCUUUACCUUGACCUCCAUCUUCACCUUGACCUUCCCAUUCAUUGUCACCUUUACCUUCCACUUCACCUUCACCUUCAUCUUCCCCUUCAUUUUCACCUUUCCCUUUAUCUUCCCCACCUCAUUAACCUUCCAUUUUCCCCUUCCCUUUACCUUCUCUUCGUCCUCAUCUACCCCUUGAGCUACCUGUCACCUUCACCUUCUUCUUUAUCUUAAACUUCUCCUUUACAUUCAUCUUCCCCCUUACCUUCCUUUCACAUCCCUCUUAACUUCCCCUUCAUCUUCUCCUUUCCCUUUACCUCUCUUCUGCUUCCCCUUCCAUUCCUUCUUCCUUUCACCUUCUCUUUCAUCCUUUUAUCAUCCCCUUUAACUUUAUCUUCACCUUCAUUUACCCUUCAUCUUCCUCUUCCCCUUCUCUUAAACCUUCCCCUUCGUCCUUCUCUUGACCUUGACCUUCCCCUUCUGUCUCCCUUUAAUUUUCCUCUUCAUCUUCAGCUUCUUCUUCCGCUUCACCUUCAUCUUCAUUUUUCCCUUGACCUCCACCUUUCCCUUGACCUUCCCUAUUCCGCUUCUCCUUCAUUUUUAUCUUCAUCUUUCCCUUGACCAAAAUCUUCCCCUUGACCUUCCCCUUCCAUGUCCCCUUGACCUUCCGCUUCACUUUCAUCUUCAUCUUUUCCUUGACCUCCACCUUCCCCUUGACCUUCCGCUUCCCCUUCAUCUUUCCCUUGACCUCCACCUUACCCUUGACCUUCCUCUUCACUUUCAACUUUAUCUUUCCCUUGACCUCCACCUUCCCCUUGACCUUGACCUUCCGCUUCCCCUUCACUUUCAUCUUCAUCUUUCCCUUGACCUCCACCUUCCCCUUGACCUUCCCCUUCCGCUUCCCCUUCACUUUCAACUUCAUCUUUCCCUUGACCUCUACUUUACCCUUGACCUUCCGCUUCCCCUUCCCCUUCACUUUCAUCUUCAUCUUUCCCUUGACCUCCACCUUACCCUUGACCUUCACCUUCCCCUUCACUUUCAUCUUUCCCUUGACCUCCACCUUCCCCUUCACUUUCAUCUUCAUCUUUCCCUUGACCUCCACCUUCCCCUUGACCUUCACCUUCCCCUUCACUUUCAUCAUCAUCUUUCCCUUGACCUCCACCUUCCCCUUGACCUUCCCCUUCACUUUCAUCUUUUCCUUGACCUCCACCUUCCCCUUGACCUUCCCCUUCACUUUCAUCUUCAUCUUUCCCUUGACCUCCACCUUCCCCUUGACCUUCCCCUUCACUUUCAUCUUCAUCUUUCCCUUGACCUCCACCUUUCCCUUGACCUUCCGCUUCCCCUUGACCUUCCCCUUCACUUUCAUCUUUUCCUUAACCUCCACCUUCCCCUUGACCUUCCCCUUCACUUUCAUCUUCCCCUUGACCUCCACCUUCCCCUUGACCAUCCCCUUCCGCUUCUCCUUAACUUUCAUCUUCUUCUUUUUCUUGACCUCUACCUUCCCCUUCCGCUUCCCCUUCACUUUCAUCUUCAUCUUUCCGUUGACUUCCACCUUCCCCUUGACCGUCCGCUUUCCCUUCACCUUCCCCUUCACUUCCAUCUUCAUCUACCCCUUGACCUCCACCUUCCCCUUGACCUUCCGCUUCCCCUUCACCUUCCCCUUCACUUUCAUCUACAACUUUCCCUUGACCUUCAUCUCCACCUUCCCCUUGACCUUCCUCUUCCGAUUCCCCUUCACUUUCAUCUAGAUCUUUCUCUUGACCUUCAUCUCCACCUUCCCCUUGACCUUCCUCUUCUGCUUCACUUUCUUCUUUACCUUACCCUUCCUUUUCCCCUUCAUCUUUCCCUUGACCUCCACCUUCCCCUUGACCUUCCCCUUGACCUUCCGCUUCCCCUUCACUUCCAUCUUCAUCUACCCCUUGACCUCCACUUUCCCCUUGACCUUCCGCUUCCCCUUCACCAUCCCCUUCACUUUCAUCUUCCCAUUCACUUUCCCCUUCUCCUUGAUCUUCACCUUCCACUUCCCCUUGACCUUCCCCUUCAUCUUUCCCUUUACCUUCCCUUCAUCUACUUCCUUACCUUCACUUCCCCUUCAUCUUUCCCCUUUACCUUCCCGUCAUCUCCCAUUUAACUUUACUUCCCCUUCAUCUUUCCCUUUUACCUUCCCCUUCAUCUACUUUCUUGUCUUCACUUCCCCUUCAUCUUUCUCCUUUACCAUCCUCUUGAACUUCUCCUUCAUUCUUACCUUCCCUUUCCCUUCAUUUUCCCCUUCACCUUCAUCCUCCACUUCCCUUUCCCCUUCCCCUUCAUCUUUCAUUUUGAUUUCAUAAGAUGAAACGACGCAGGGGAAAAGUAUUGAACACAUGAAGAAAGGAAGGUAUAGAAAGGCAGUGAAAGCCCAGACAGCAGCUGAAAUCUCUCAGUAGUUCUUCAGGAGUGGACAUUUCAGCAAGAUAACGAUCCAAGGAACACAGCCAAGGAAACUCUCAGAUGCUUUCAGAGAAAGAAAAUCAAGCUGUAGAAUGGCCUAGCCAAUCACCUGACCUAAUCCAAUAGAGAAUACAGAAUAAAGCUCAGAUUUGAUAGACGAGACCCACAGAAUCAUCAAGAUUUCGACACUCUGUUGAAGUCUGUGAGAAACUCACACCUGAGCAAUGCAUAAGGCUUCAUUCUCCAAAUGAGAGGCGUCUUUAAUAUAACCUUUUAUAUAAAGUAUUAAAUAUACUUGUAGUUCAGGGCUUUCUCCUUCUGUCAUUUCAUUCUUAUUACACACAACUCAUUAAUCUGAUCUUUUUUGUUUUGUUUUAUCUUUGUUUGCAUUGUUUGGGUUUUUAUCCAAAUCUGCUUCAACUCCACGCCAAUAGAAAUUAGAAACUGUAGGUGUUUUCUUCCCAGGGUUCUCCACAUGUGCUGAUGUGUUAUAUGACACACACACACAGACCACUGUCUGUAAUCUAAUGAUUAAAGAAAUGAAGAUGAUCUGCUCUUAAAUCAGACAAAAUCUCUUCACCAUAUAUAUAUGAUACUCUAAGCUGUCCUGUUUACCCUAGCAAUGCUAUUCCCACAUGAGAAUGCUCUUCUUUAUCACAAUAUGUGGGUCAGGAUGAAGGCCAAGGGUAUGUAAAUGCACAAAUAACAGAUUAGUUUUGCAGGAUUUAUUCUUCAGAAUGGCUCUCCAGAUAUAAAUCACGCUAGUGUAGUGAAGAAUCGCUGCUGUCCGUACAGUAUGGCUGCGUUCAGACGCGUGUGUUGCUGUUAACCCAGUUACACAGAGAGAAAUACAGCUCCCAUGAUUCCGCUGGGUUAUUUUCACACUUACCUCCCAUGACUCUGUGCUGUGUGUGUGUGUCUGCGUCAGCGUUUCGUGCCACAGCAGCAGACAGUGAUCAAGCGGCACACACUUUCUGCAAGCGAGUCACAUUCCAAGUUUGUUUGCCAGCGUGGCAAUUUUAGUAAGAUAUUCCUCUCCCCGACAAAAAUCUUUCCAAAGACUUUCUGGUUUUCUGGAAGUCACCUUCCGCCGCUGUUGUGCAGGAGCGGCACAUUUUAUUCUGCUCUUGCUUUGCAAAUCAUAACUUGAUGUUCUAGAAAUUAACAUAGAUUUUUUCUUGUUUUUUUUUAACAGCGAUGUUCUGGCAUAUUUAGAGCAAGAAUCGUCUGAUGCGAAUUAAAUCUGUGACGGUGGCUCAGUGGUUAGGAUUGUGGCCUCACAGCAAGAAGGUCACUGGUUCGAGUCUCGGGUGGGUCAGUUGGUGUUUCUGUGUGGAGUUUGCAUGUUCUCCCCGUGUUGGCGUGGGUUUCCUCCGGGUGCUCCAGUUUCCCCCAUAGUCCAAACACAUGCGCUAAAUUGAUUAACCAAAUUGGCCGUAGUGUAUGAGUGUGUGUGUGAAUGAGUGUGUAUGGGUGUUUCCCAGUAAUGGGUUGCAGCUGGAUGGGCAUCCGCUGUGUAAAACAUAUGCUGAAAUGGUUGGUGGUUCAUUCCGCUGUGGCGACCCCUGAUUAAUAAAGGGACUAAGCUGAAGGGAAACGAAUGAGUGUGUAUUUGAGUGUGUUUCAGUGUUUAGACACAUGCAGAAAGCACAGGCUGACAUUAGCUGUUGGCUAGUUCACGUGUCGCAGCGCAUCUGAUCAGGAAUGAACUCAGACUGGAGCAUCUUCAGUGACAGCAGCAGCAGAUACUGAGGAAAUCCUGCUGAUUGCGGCUCACAUCAACACACACACACACACACACACACACACACACACACACACACACACACACGCACACACACACACACUCAUCUGAUGGCUACACACUCAUUUAUAUAAUUACAUAACUCUCAUUCUGGAUGCCUGUUUAGUGGUUUGAGUGGUUGUCGGGUUGUGUUUAUGUGGUUACUAGGGCUGAACGAUUUUUGGCCAUUUUUAAAUACGCGCAUGCACACACACACACACACACACACACACACACACGCACACACACACACACAGACGUGCACACGUUUCUAUGAGUUUUCUAUGUGGUUGCUAAAGUGUUCUGAGUCAUUGCUAAGGGGUUUCUGGAUGGUUGCUAGUUUGUCAAUAUGUGGUUGCUAAGGUAUUUUGGGUGGUUGCUAGGGUGUUUCUAUGGGUUUGGUGUGAUGUUGCUUAAGUGUUCUGAUUUAUGUUUCUUGUUAAAGUGUUUUUCUAUGGUGUUGCUAAGGAGAUUUUUGUGUUGUUUAGUUGCUAUGGUAAUUCUAUGGGAUUGCUAAUGUGUUUUGGGUGGUUGCUAGGGUGUGAAUACAAGUUUAGUAUGAUAUUUCCAUAUUGAAGCUAAGAUGUUCCGAGUUGUUGCUAGGGUGUUUCUAUGUGUUGCUAAAGUGUUCUGGGUGGUUGCUAGUUUGUCUAUAUGUGGUUGCUAAGGUAUUUUGGUGGUUUUUACUGCUAGUGUGUUUCUAUGAGUUUGGUGUGAUAUAUCUGUGUGGUUGCUAAGUGUUUUUAUGGGGUUGCUUAUGUGUUUUGAAUGGUUGCUAAGGUGUUUCCAUGGGAUUGCUAAAGUGUACUGAAAGUUUGCUUGGUUGUUUCUCUGUGUUUGCUAAAGUGUUCUAAGUUGUUGCUAAGGUGUUUCUGUGUGGUUGCUAAGUUGUUUUGAAUGGUUGCUAGGGUGUUUCUACGUGGUUGCUAAAGUGUUCUGAGUUGUUGCUAGGGUGUUGCUAUGACAUUGCUGCAGUGUUCUUGGAUGUGGUUUUUAGGUUGUUUAAAUGUGGAUGCUGGGGUGUUUCUAUGGGUUUGAUACAAUAUUUAUAUGUGGUUGCUAAAGUGGUCUUAGUUGUUGCUAGGGUGUUUCUAUCUGGUUUGCUCUAGUGUUCUUAAUGGUUGCUUGGCUGUUUCUAUGUGGUUGCUAGGUCGAUUUGAUGUGGUUGCUAAGGUGUUUUAAGUUGUUGUAAAUAAUGCUUCUGUAUGGUUGCUAGGGUGUUCUGGGUCAGAUCACAUUGCUUUGGCUCACAUCACAACACAUUUAGCAGCUUUGUUCUUUCUCUGUGAUUUUAUUAGUGUGUCGUUGCUGUUGUAUUUCAGUCAGCUCAUGAGCUUCCAGAUAUUUCUUUCUGUCCUCGUUUGACUGCACAGAGAGAAGCUGUGUGUGUGUGUGUGUGUGUGUGUGUGUGUGUGUGUGUGUGUGUGUGUGUGUGUGUGUGUGUGUGUGUGUGUGUGUGUGUGUGUGUGUGUGUGUGUGUGUGUGUGUGUGUGUGUGUGUGUGUGUUCAGGUUUUCUGAGGACGCUGGACUCUCCUCUGAUCUCCAGGAAGACAUGAGAUCUGCUGACGUCCUGAUAAUGUUCUGUGAGAUGUUUACAUGUUUUCCUGGCAGGAGGAACCAGAUGUACAUUACUGAAGUAUCGAUAAGCAUCACACACACAGUAAUGCACUGCAUGUGCAUUUCCUGUUAAUCGCAGUGCGGGCUCAUGGGAAAUCCAGCAUCAGACGAUGAUGAAGGCCAGACGAGACUCUUCUCCUCUUCUGACCCUCAGACUGACUGAUGGACGUCUUUACUUUAGUCCAGCGCUUGCUUUUACAUGCUGAGCUUCAGUCAGAGAUCAGAGCUCCUGAAAUCAGCACUACAUUACUGUACAUUACAUUACAGUACAUUACAGUGUAUUCCAGCAGUGCAUCCCGCAUCAUCAGCAGAUCCUCCAUCAACACUCACUGAUGGACAAGUGCACAGACACACUCCUGCAACAUUCCCUUUACUUCUCUCUGAAGAGCAGACAGCUGUAUCUGACAGUGUUGAAUGACGACCACGAAGUCAAAGAUGUUCCAGCUGACGGUGAAGAAGUAGCAGCGCAGCGCAAUGAUCUUCAGGAUACACUCACUGGUGAAGAUGACGAUGAACACCAGAUUAAUGCAGUCCAGGAUGUGUUUGAUGGAGGGCGACUGUUCG